GGGACGAGAGUAGGUUGCACUGAUGUCUUGAGAAUGUCACAUGUUCUUCACCGUGGUAUCACAAACAAGGGCUCUUGGUUGUCUCGACUAAGACACGGAAGAAGUGAGAUUCGACUGUGGUGUAAAUUGGCCAAAGUAGAAGAAAACGCAACUUUCCGACGGAGAAGUAGAACAGUUUCCGCAUAUCGGUCAUUAACUUUCGGGAAUAGCAUUAUCAAAGGGAAAGGAAGGGUUUAGCUCAGCAAAGGAAUCCAUUACCCUGGUCAAAGCUUUAACACUUACAUAAUUAUAAGAAGCAGAAAAAGAAGUAAAAGAAGAAGAAGAAGAUAAGGAGAAGAAGAAGAAGAAGAAAAAGAAGAAGAAGAAGAGGAAGAAAAAAAAAAAGAAGGCGAAAUCGGAGGAGUACUGUAGUAAGAGUGUUAGACAAGUAAGCAGUUUACGCCAAAUAGUGAAAAGAGUAUGGGACAGAUACUGACUAACAACCAAAGACAACAGAUCGAAGAGAGGACAGCGCUGCUGGAGCAACAAAUUGCGCCCUGCAGCAACAAAAAAAUGACCUGGAUGAAAUGUCAAUCGCUAAAGAUAGAGAGAUAGAGGGGAACAAAAGGGAAUUAAGUACACAAGAACUUAGAAUUAAUGACCUAACUGAUUCAUUAAAUGAAACAAAGCAAAAAAUGCAAGAGAAAGAACAGCAAAUUAGUAACUUAGAAAGGGACAAAGCAAACUUAGAGGGGCGUCUUCAACUUCUUGAAAAUCGUGAAAAACAAGAGAUGCAAGAGAAAACAGAGCAAAAAAUGCAAGAGAAAGAACAGCAAAUUAUUAACUUAGAAAGGGACAAAGCAAACUUAGAGGGGCGUCUUCAACUUCUUGAAAAUCGUGAAAAACAAGAGAUGCAAAGCUUAGUUACUGAGUUACAGCAAGAAAAACAAGAUUUAAAAAAAGCCAACAAAAUAUCAGAAGCCAACAAAGAGAGUAUACACCUGAUUGAGCAACUCACUAAACAAUUACAAGAGAAAGGGCAACAACUGGAAACUAGCGAAGCUCAACUUACUUCUCUGCAAAAACAACUGGCAACGAGAGAUGAGCACGCUACUGAUCUGAGAAGACAACUGGGAACGAACGAGAACCAAGUUACUGAUCUGAAAGGAGACGUGGCAGCGAGAGGCCAAGAAGUUGCUAAUCUGAAAGGACAACUGGCAAAGAGCAACAAACAAGUUACUGAUCUGAAAGGACAACUGAAAGCGAGCAACAAACAAGUUACUGAUCUGAUAGGACAACUGAAAGCGACAGAGAGCAACAAACAAGUUACUGAUCUGAAAGGAGAACUGGCAGGGAGAGACCAACAAGUUGCUGAUCUGGAACAAGCGAUAAGCAAGAAGCGUGACUGGGUCAUUUCCCGCGAUGAAAUUAAGAUGACAGGCUAUGUCCUGGGAGAUGGUGGAUGGGGAACAGUUGCAUUGGGAAGAUUUAGACGCUGCAAAGUGGCUGUGAAACAAGUGCACGAGUUGAUUCUCUCUCCUCAUAAUAAAGGUUUGUUUGAACGGGAAAUGAAUAUUGCUGCAAGAUGUCGUCAUCCUUGUUUGUUGCAGUUCAUUGGCGCAACAGAUGACCAAGAAAGUCCUCUGUUUGUAACAGAGCUCAUGGAAUCAACCUUACGAAAAGAGUUAGAGAAGCAACCUCUCUCUCACACAGAUAUCUCUGUUAUCUCCCUGGAUAUAGCUCAAGCACUCAAUUACCUGCACCAAAGUGCGCCUCCCAUUAUUCAUCGGGACAUCAGUAGUGCUAAUGUGUUGCUAUGGCGACAUGGUGACCAAUGGAGAGGCAAAGUGUCUGAUUAUGGUGCUGCUAAUUUCUUACACAAGAGCAAGACAAAACGCCCAGGAGCAACGAUUUACAGUCCACCUGAAGCAGGCACCGAGAAUCAAACAGUGAAGAUGGAUGUAUUCAGUUUUGGUGUUCUUCUCUGUGAAAUGUGCCUCGGGACAAUGCCAGAACCAGAAAGGCGCGAGGAACGAGUAGCACAGGUAACGAAUCAAGUGUUGCGAGACCUCAUAAAACGCUGUAUUGAAAAGGACCCUGAAGCGAGACCAACGAUGGAAGAGAUCAUUGAUCAUGUCCAGGAUUGAAAGCAUCAGAUACUCUGUCCCCAAGAAAAGGUGCCUUUGCAAAAAGCAGAGGAAGAACUUUGAAAACGCGAAUUUACGAGAUGAUUUACAAACUAUUGGAGAAAUGAUCUAAGGAUAAAAAAAAAACAACAACGGAGAGAAUCAUAGUAAUUUUAUAGAUCUUUAAAAAUAAUCUGAACUAAUCUGACAAACAAUCUGUGAUUAAAAGUGUAUAUGUAGCACAGAAUCUAGUUCAGAAGGAUUAAAAGCCUUCAAAAAAACAAAAACAGUAUGUAAGAUUGCUUUCGCUAAAAGUCGUAUCAUCACUAGUAACUCUAUAAACACAGAACCAAUUAGCCUGUUAAUGUUCACCUGACAAUGACGCGAGCAAAGAGAUUUACCUUCGCUCAAAACUAGCCCGCGGAGUGAUCCGACCAUAGUGUUCCGAGAGCAUUUUUCCCUCUUCCAAAACCUUUUUUAUAAUCCGAUAGAAACACAAACAUUAUUUUCCAUUUCUUAAAUGAAGAACUUUUUGGACGUUAUGAAGAACGUUACAGUAUUGUAGUGCUUUUCGAAUGGCAAAUAAAAAAAAAAUCAAGUUUGGGUUUAAUUAGUCAAUUAAGUUACACCAGUGUAUAUAAAUGCUGGUCAUGAUGCGCGGUCAUAAUACAUAUCAGUGUCAUCAUAAUUUUAUUCUUGGGUUUUUAAAAACAUUUUGAUUUAUUAGCUCAAUAAAACCGCGUGGGGUGCUACCGGACGAACACGACACGAGAGUAAGUUGUAGCAAGGUCUCGUCCAGAACAAGAAACCAGAAGAUAACACAGUAUUGUUAAUUAGUGAGUAAUGUUAGUACUGUAAGUAGCGUUCGUAUUGUAAACAAUGUUUCUACUUAUAGUACAUUGAAAGUAAUGCUAGUGAUGUGAGUAAGUAAAGUAUUAUAAAAUUGUAAAUAAAGUGUGUUAAAAAACA